GGGGAUUUCUGCGGUGUGCGCUUCGAGACUGUUCAGUUUUCUGGGGUCAAGUCUCUGCAGCAAGUGUACGACGCAGCCGUGUAUUAUCUGACGAAUAUGGAGAUCAGCAUCACGGAGCGGCUGGGCCACGUGACCGUCAGGGACGACUACGACUCCGUUCACGGCAGCAUGUACAACGCUCGAGUGUUGUCGACGGUUUGCAACGAUGUCAUGCUAGAAACAAGUUCAUUGCUGUUCCCGAAGAUGGACCCCGAGGGGAAAUAUGCGCUGGAUUCCGUCGACGAGGACGAGCUCUAUCCCUACAACUCUGCCACGCGAGUUCGAAAGGAUAUUUCGGCCACUGCCGUGUUUGUUGCUAGGCGCAAACCAGCGACUAACGGAGUUGAAGGCGAACUUGUCGUGACGAUGAUAAGGGCGGCUUUCUUGAAAAUCCAUCGGCCACAGUUCCCGCUAUCCGAUGAGACGCUGCACGAACUCUCGACUGGGAUUAUGGCGUGGGGCGACGUCAUGGUCAAGACGAUCCGCAGCAUAGUGUACGGAGCGUGCUAA